CAAGAGAUUCAGGAAUAUUCAGCGAAGACAGUAAGUUAUCAUUUCCAAUUCAAGGCGGGUCUAAGCAGCAAGAAAAUGCCUCGUCAGGCUCAUUAUUCAGCUGCAGUCAGAUAGACAGGAUGAUUCGCUGCAACCCCGCAGUGUCGCCCUCAGCUGAAGAGAGGCUCUCAAUUCCAAAUAAAGUCCACCGCUGUCCCCCAACUCGACUUUACUUACUUCCUCAGAACUUCACUCGUAAAUAGCCAUCUGUCAAACGAGGACCCCUGCCUCCUCUGUAGCCGUUCUUCUGGUUUUGUGUGUGGCCGUCAUUUACCAAAUCUUAAGACUGAAGUUUAGAACUUAUGGAUCCUCUCAGUAUCACCGCAAGCGCCAUAGGUAUCACACAAUUUGCUAUAUCCAGUAUUGUCAAACUUCAUGAUAUCAUUAACGAUCUUGCCGAGGCUAAAGAAGUCGCACGAGAUAUUGCCUCAAACUUGGAAGGCGUACAGCGCCCGUUGGCCGCUCUGGAAGAACUCACCAUUUCAGACCGCACGAUAUAUAUCACAACGAAAGCGGAUCUGGAGAAAACUGGUGUCGUCGAAGCCGUUAACAACUGCGGGCAGGCAUGUGCCGACUUUGCAGACAAUUUGAAGCGGUGGACGAAACAUUCCACUGGCACAACCACCAAAAUCUCACUCAGAGAUCGAUUUUUAGUCGGCGUUUGGAACAAGGAGAAAAUCCGGACUUUUAGAAUGCAGGUUCAGUCUUGCCAGGCUAUAGUUCAGUUUGCAAUUACAAGUACCCAGUUAAUCGUUCAACUCCGCUCUGAACAAACAUCAGAGAUUCAUCGCGAGCAACUGAAGACCCAAUUGCAGGCUCUCGAGACACAAAUCCAAGAGUAUAUAGAUCUCGCCAAGAAGCAGCAAGAUGAAGCACAAAGACGUAGGCAAGAUCUACAGGAGCAGCCAGGGGACGAAGAAGACGGCGGUGCUCAGCGAGCCCUAGCCACACAGGAGGUCGAGAAGCAGAAAGGCUUACUGGAAGCUGACCAAGUUUCCUCCGCAGUAGUCUUCUUACAAGUGCGGUCCAAACGAACCAGUCAGGAUAUCAGUAACAUUAUAAUAUCAGAUGAUUCAAAGGCUUUGGUAGGAAUGCCGGAGAGUGUUGUUGGAGAAGUCAACCAACGGAUCAAAGGCGUAACCACAAAGAAUCGAUCUGCUGCAGCUGUGGGAGUUUUUGACAAGAAUGUUGAUAUGAGGGAUUUCUUCAAGUCAACAUAGCUAUCAGGGCUCGCAGGUGGAGAGUAGUUGCAGGCUGGCCAACCAGUCAGUCGACUAGUCAACUGACUGAUAAGUGAGCAGUUAAAGUGAACCAGUUUAAACAUUUUGAAUCGUUUCAGUCUAUCAGUGAUCCAAUAGUCCAUCCGUUCCAAGCGCCAGGGUCCGAGACGUGUUAGUUGGGCUAGGAUUUCGUUUCUACUGCUGAGUUUGGCGUUGGAGAGGGCGGUUUGGUGGAGGGUGUAGAGGAUGUAGAGGAGGG